GCGCCGCCCGGAUUCCCGAGUCUGUGUCGGCCCCGCGGGGUGUAGGCGGCGGGCGGGAGCGGGACGGACGGCUGGGGAGCCGGCUGGCCGCGGGGCUCUCGGCGGGCUGGGAGCGCCCGGAGAGCAGUGCCAGAACUUCGGGAACUCGGCCGUCCAGUAUAAAAAAAAAACUUUAUGGACCAAUUUGCCAACAAGUACCUGCAAGAUUUGAAGAGCUGAAAAAAGAAAAUCAGUAUCAAAACUUUUUCUUUUAAAAUACCGAGGUUGGAAUUUGCUCUUGACAAAUAACAAGAUGAUGAGUGACGCAAGCGACAUGCUGGCUGCGGCGCUGGAACAGAUGGACGGCAUCAUCGCAGGUUCUAAGGCACUGGAAUAUUCGAAUGGGAUCUUUGAUUGCCAGUCCCCCACCUCCCCGUUCAUGGGCAGCUUGCGAGCCUUGCACUUAGUGGAGGACCUGCGUGGGCUGCUGGAGAUGAUGGAGACAGAAGAGAAGGAAGGCCUGAGGUGCCAGAUUCCGGAUUCCACAGCAGAAACGCUUGUGGGAUGGCUUCAGAGUCACAUGACAAAUGGACAUCUAUCUGGGAAUGGAGAUGUGUACCAAGAAAGGCUCGCCCGUUUAGAGAAUGAUAAAGAAUCCCUUGUUCUUCAGGUAAGUGUAUUAACAGACCAGGUAGAGGCUCAGGGGGAGAAGAUCCGGGAUUUGGAGUUUUGUCUGGAAGAGCACCGAGAGAAGCUGAAUGCCACAGAAGAAAUGCUGCAGCAGGAGCUACUGAGUAGGACAUGCUUAGAAACACAGAAAUUGGAUCUCAUGGCUGAAAUAUCUAACUUGAAGUUAAAAUUGACAGCUGUAGAGAAGGACAGGUUGGAUUAUGAAGAUAGAUUCAGAGACACGGAGGGGCUGAUGCGGGAGAUCAAUGAUUUGAGGUUAAAAGUCAGUGAAAUGGAUAAUGAAAGACUUCAAUAUGAAAAAAAGCUUAAAUCAACCAAAUGCUUAAUGGCCAAACUUUCUAGCAUGAAAAUCAAAGUGGGUCAGAUGCAGUAUGAAAAGCAGCGGAUGGAACAGAAGUGGGAGUCGCUGAAGGAUGAACUGGCAUCCUUGAAAGAGCAACUGGAAGAGAAGGAAUGUGAGGUGAAUAGAUUACAAGAACAGUUGGUCUCCAGGAUGAAGGGAGAAGGCGUUGAAAUCCCUGAUCGAGAUGAAAAUUUUAAAAAGAAGCUCAAAGACAAAAAUAUUGAAGUUCAAAAAAUGAAAAAGGCGAUGGAGUCUUUGAUGGCAGCCAAUGAAGAAAAGGAUCGGAAAAUAGAAGAUCUUCGACAGUGCCUGAACAGGUACAAGAAAAUGCAAGAUACAGGGGUACUGGCUCAAGCUAAAAAAGGCCAAGAUGGCAACUACGAAGAUCUUCUCUCUUCCAGCUCCUUCUCCACUUUGCUGGAUGUGCAGGGGUUUAGUGAUCUGGAGAAAAGUCUGUCCUCAACCCCCGUGAUGGGAUCUCCCACCCGCGACCCAUUUAACACAAGUAUUUCAGAAGAGUUCCACAGCAGCAUCUUGCAAGUUUCCAUUUCUUCACCACUGCCGGCAGCAAAAAGCUUACAAACUCCUGAAAAAGCACAAUUGCCUCCUAAACCGGAUACUUCACCAGAAGAGAAUGAUGGAAAAACAUUCCUUGGUACAGUUGUCGAAAGCCAACGGAAUGAAAGUGUUUCAACUUCAAGUCUGCAGAAGUCUAGCAGCCUGAGCAAUCUGAAGAAGGAGUCAUCAGAUGGGGAUAAAGCACAGGCAGAAAGCAGCCCUUUUGGGAACCUCCCCCCAAAAGCUCCAGGACAUGGUGCCUCUGCAGAUGACAACCCCUUUGGUACCCGAAAAGCUAGAUCUUCCUUUGGUCGGGGCUUUUUUAAAAUUAAAAGCAGCAAGAGGACAGCCAGUGCACCUAACUUGGACCGUGCGCGGAGUGCCAGUGCGCCCACCCUAGCUGAAACAGAGAAGGAGACAGCUGAGCACCUGGAUCUGGCAGGUGUAUCCUCCCGGCCCAGAGAACCUCAGGGGAGUAGUCCUUUCCAGCUGUCCCCACCAUCUCCAGAUUCCAAAAAGAAAUCCAGGGGCAUCAUGAAACUCUUUGGAAAACUCAGGAGAACUCAGUCAACAACAUUCAACCCAGAGGACAUGUCUGAGCCUGAGUUCAAGAGAGGAGGGACAAGGGCCACGGCAGGACCCCGACUAGGCUGGUCUCGAGAUUUGGGACAGACUAACAGUGACCUGGAUAUGCCAUUUGCCAAAUGGACCAAGGAGCAGGUCUGCAGCUGGCUUGUGGAGCAGGGCUUGGGGUCCUACCUGAAUUCUGGCAAGCACUGGAUUGCCUCUGGCCAGACACUUCUGCAGGCUUCUCAGCAAGACCUGGAGAAGGAACUUGGAAUCAAACAUUCACUUCAUCGAAAGAAACUCCAGCUGGCUCUCCAAGCCCUGGGAUCUGAAGAAGAAACCAAUCAUGGAAAACUGGAUUUCAACUGGGUCACUAGAUGGUUGGAUGAUAUUGGUCUCCCCCAGUACAAGACCCAGUUUGAUGAGGGACGAGUAGAUGGUCGAAUGCUCCAUUACAUGACUGUGGAUGAUCUGCUAUCUUUGAAGGUUGUGAGUGUGCUCCAUCAUCUCAGUAUCAAAAGGGCCAUCCAAGUCCUGCGGAUUAAUAACUUCGAACCCAACUGUCUGCGGAGGCGGCCAUCAGAUGAGAACAGCGUCACCCCAGCAGAGGUUCAGCAGUGGACCAACCACCGCGUGAUGGAGUGGCUGCGUUCCGUGGACCUGGCGGAGUAUGCCCCCAAUCUCAGAGGCAGCGGCGUCCACGGGGGGCUCAUGGUUCUGGAACCCAGAUUUAACGUUGAAACUAUGGCUCAGUUACUGAAUAUCCCACCAAGUAAGACCUUGUUGAGAAGACACUUGGCCACUCAUUUUAACCUUCUGAUUGGUGUGGAGGCGCAGCACCAGAAACGCGAUGCCAUGGAGCUGCCAGAUUACGUCCUGCUCACAGCCACUGCCAAAGUGAAGCCAAAGAAACUUACCUUUAGCAAUUUUGGGAAUUUGAGAAAGAAGAAGCAGGAAGAUGGUGAGGAAUAUGUUUGUCCGAUGGAGCUGGGGCAGGCAUCAGGGAGCACCUCUAAGAAAGGUUUUAAGCCUGGCUUGGACAUGCACCUCUACGACGAAGAUGACUUGGAUCGUCUAGAGCAGAUGGAAGAUUCAGAAGGGACAGUGAGACAGAUUGGUGCAUUCUCUGAAGGCAUCAACAAUCUAACACACAUGCUGAAGGAGGAUGACAUGUUUAAAGACUUCGCUGCCCGCUCACCCAGUGCCAGCAUCACUGACGAGGACUCAAACGUUUGACAGCAGUGCCUGGAUGGGUGUCCUUCUCUGCUUUACUUCUCACGCGCUCAUGGAACAUAUCCAACAAGUCAGAGUGUAUAUUGCUUAGUGCUCCAACUUCUGCUCGUUUGGAAGUGGAGAUGGAAGGCGGAGGCCACACGCCUCUUCUGCAGUUGCCACGAGAGCUGACACUGGUGAACGAGCAUCUAACUGCUCUUCUUCUAUUUAAUGUAAAAACCUGUGAUAUAUUAUAUUUAAAGUGCUGCAUUCAAGAUGAUUAUUUUACCAUAGUGUUUGCAUUCACCUUCACAGGCCAGGGGUGGGGGGCCGUGAGCCAUCAGCGCACAGCCCUAUGGGUGCCCAAGCAGGGUGUGUGCUCACACUUGCCACGUGUCUUUGUCCAAGCCUCACCUCUGCUUGCCUCCUGCUGUCCUGUUUUUAUAUAUUUUUCUAAAUAUAUGUAUAUAUCUAGUACAUAGAAAAAAAUGCAACUUUUAUUUUGUGACUUAAGAAAGAUGGUAAAAUGGCCACAUUUAAGAAAUCUUUAUAAUGAUUGCAUUUUUCCUCUUCCAGCAGCUUCGCAAAGCCCUGGAGGUGGUCUUUGCUUCUCUAAAGCUGAAUUUUAACAGUGUUGCUCAUCCUGGGCAAAUUAAUGUCUAGAAAAUACCCCUUCUUGGAUGGCACAACAGAGUUGUUCAGUAGAUUUUUCAGAAUGCCCACAUUCUUUUACCUCAGAGCAAGAUACUCAAGGGGAACCUUUGAAAACUGUUAACUUGAACGCAUUCAGAAACGCCCCCAAAUUUGUAGGAAAUACUUAUGAAAAGACAAAAUAAAACCCUUUACAGUAUUAUGCUUGGCUGAAUAUAUCACUGCAUCAGUCUCCACACAGUCUGCCUCACCACACAUUUCUCAGGCUCUCCAGAAUGGGAUUUUGUUUUUUUUAAGCUGAAUUUGGUCUCAGUCAGGGUUCAGUAACUCUGAGGCUACGAAUUGGUCGUAUAAUGGCUGUGGGGUGAUGCUCCAGCAUACCUCAUGUUUUUCUGUAGUGCAGGACCCAACUUUUCUUUCUAAAGAAAAAAGAAAGCCACAACAGAGACUGUUGCUGUGUUUAUUUUUUUUAAAGGUAUUGCAAAAAAUAUUCUAUUUUAUAUUCUACAUACCAUCAUUACUCAUGGUGACCAACUGUGGCAAAGACAGGGUUUCACAAGUUGGUGGGGGCUGGGUAGGCCGACAAAGGCCCGUGGAUGUGGUUAUAAACGCAGUUUGUGAUGGUAUGCUCUUUCACGUUAUCAGCAAGUCACCAAGCUCUUUUUCAAAAAACUUGAAGCAAAUCAAUUACUAUUUUACUCAUAACUAAAAUGAUGUGAGGAGAAUAAUGAUCAUUCACUUCCACUCAUUACUUAGUAACCAUAUGGGCCUCCUUCUGUAUUUGUGCUUUAUUUUAAUGUGGACUUAUGUCACCAUUCAAAGAACAAUUUGUUAUUCAAACCUGGUUAAAUACCCAGAGACUGUUCUAGAUGCCAAAUACUGUCUUCAGAACAGUUUAAGUAAUGAUAUGUGAUAAGGUUAAAAGUUUUUUGAUGCUGUAUUUUAUUUACAAAGUAUUAUACACUACUGGUAUUCCAUAUGGAAAGGAAAUAAAGUUGCCUCACACUUAC